AUGGCUGACGAAGACUUUUAUGAUAUGCUUGACUUGUCGCCGCCGGGAAUACCGAAACAAGAUCCCAACUACCCUUUUCAAGAUGGAUUUCUGCAGUAUGGCAAUUCGUUUCGGUACUCCGACCAACAGACACCUGACGGUAACACUCCUCCGCCUCCCCCCACGUCAAACAACCGACAAACGCUUCCGGAAUUACCAUCUAAUCUGCGACCAACCCAACCGGGACCACUCGGGCCGGGGUUCAUGCCCGAAUACUACGGCGCCGGCUUGAGCACCGGAAACAGCCAAAGUGUUUCGAUGGGCUUGAAUACGAAUCUGUUUUCCAAUCUGGUUUCAAAUCUGAUCCCGAAUCUGAUCUCGAAUCUGAAUUCCAAUCUGAUUUCGAAUCACUCCAAUCUGCUCCAUCCCGCAACCCAGUCGCAGUUUCUCCAACCAAAGUCGCCCAGUGCCUACUCAUCGCAUUCUUUAUACAGCGAUGCGUCGCUGAACCCGGGAAGUCCGUAUAUGGACGCAGUAUCGCAGUUCAGUCACACCUACUCUGACGCCGGAGGAGGUGGUGAUUUUAGCGGUUUCGACACAGAAAUUGCUCUUGGAGGCUCCAUUUCCACCACCAACCUUGCCGGUCUCAAUCAAAGCCAGUUUUUUAACGACAGACAAUACUUUCCCCAGCAGCCGGCCGUACUCCAGCAAAACUACAAUGCUCGAGACCACUACCAAAGCAUGCCGUACGCCGGAUUUGACUACCUUUCGAGCCCGCCGUCUGCCAGCCAAACCAUAGAUACCCGCUACAACGGAAGUUCGACUUCCGCGACAGCAGAAGCGCCGUCUUCGUCCAUCGACAAUUCUCACAGUGGUCCAUUGACGGAAAAUAACCUCCAGUACAACGAGUUGCAGCAGGUAAAGAUCUCGGUGCAAAAGGCACCCGAACAAGUGGCGGCUCGAACCCCUUCGCUCUUCAGCAACUCGUCGCAUUCACUGUACAAUUCCACCAAAAGCCCCAACGAAAGCCUGAAAAAUCACAACCAUCUCCAAAAUCCCUCACCCAUAUCUCCCUCGGUUUCCGAUACUGCUUCUGAUGCGUUGUUGCGUCCCGAUGAAUUCCAGUCUAUGAAGCGGGGCCGCCGACAUGCUCAUCAUUUACGGCUGGAACUGCGCCUGAGACUGCGUCUGCAACUGCGCCAGCUGCAACCGAAUCUGCGCCUGUCGCUGCGGCUGCCUUCUGUCUACGACGAAGACGACUACUCGGAAAACGACGGCGAUCGCGACGACUACGAAUCUCCGUACGAGAGUAUUCGGGGAGAAGAUGGUGAAAUGAAGGUUCCUUCACGCACAAAAAUGCUCGAAUUAGCACUGCAGAACCUGGCUCCACGAAGAGUGCAAAAACACCCGUCGUUGUUCUCGUGCCAUUUGUGCGAUAAGCGGUUUACCAGACCAUAUAAUCUCAAGUCUCAUCUUCGCACCCACACCAACGAGCGGCCCUUUGUUUGCAGCGUUUGCGGCAAGGCAUUUGCUCGACAGCACGAUCGAAAGCGCCAUGAGGAUUUACAUACGGGAGAAAAAAAGUUUCUGUGCCGCGGGUUUCUUCGAGACGGUACACCCUACGGCUGUGGUCGUAAAUUUGCCCGAGCCGACGCUUUACGGCGCCAUUUCCAAACCGAGGCUGGCCGAGACUGUAUCAAGGCGCUUUUGGAAGAGGACGAUCGAGACCGAAAGAACGGUAUAGAAGGGGGCAGCGAACUCCCGGGGGGAUUGAAGCGUGAAACCAUCAUGUUUGCAGGCUCGGUGCCGCUGGUGGCUAUAUCGCCGCCGGAUUAG